AAUAGAAUGAAAACACUGAUAAGAGAAAAACCCUAAACUCUUUCAUCUUUGCUCAAACCCACUUCUUCUUCUUCACGACGUCUCCUCCUCCGUUUCAGCAGCUCACCCUCGCCACCGCUGUCGCCAUUGUCUUUCUUCACUUCGUGCCGCCGGAGCAUCCACGUAGCCGUUUUUCACUGAUUUUCUCAUCCACUAGUCCUGGCUUGGAGAACAUGUUCAAAAUUGUGAAACAGUGACAACUAAGGAAGUGUGAUUAGUGCCUUUACCUACUGGGCUAAUUUUACUGAACUAGCUCUGUUUUUCUAUUUUUCCCUUGGAGGGAUGAUUACAUGAGUCUGAAGAGGAUUGUAAUGGUUGGAGAACUUUGUGAUAAGUUUUACAGUGGAGGUUUAUUCAAUCCACACGUUUUCAAGUUGCCACCUAAGAGAAAGCAGCCAGGAAUUGCAAUUGGCCGCCUAUGUGAGAAGUGCGAUGGGAAGUGUGUAAUCUGUGAUUCUUAUGUCCGCCCCUGUACACUUGUUCGAGUUUGUGACGAAUGCAAUUACGGGUCUUUCCAAGGCCGUUGUGUGAUCUGUGGAGGAGUAGGAAUUUCAGAUGCUUACUACUGCAAAGAGUGUACACAGCAGGAGAAAGAUAGAGAUGGAUGCCCAAAGAUUGUUAAUUUAGGCAGUGCAAAAACAGAUUUGUUCUAUGAACGUAAGAAAUAUGGGUUCAAGAAACGAUGAAGCCAAAACACAUGUAGUUAUCUUCCUAAGAUGGAUCUUACUGUAAUAUGAUGAAUUUCUGAUAUCUAAUCUCAAAACUCUCGUAGACGUGUAUGUAUAUGCUGAUGAGUCAGAGUGAGAACAGUUGUUGGGGCCAAGGCAAUUCAUAAGAAUUAAAACUUUGUUGCUUGUAUUGUGGUUUUGAGUACAACUAUGACUAUGGAUUGAACUAUCGACUUUUAAGAUGGUAAUUAGUGCUUUAUUUAUUGUUCGAUUA